CCACCAAGCAGCGUUUUUAUUUUUUAUCCCUUGGCUUAAUCGUCUCCUCUCUCUGUUUCCUCACUUUCAGUCUCUCUCAUACACUUGUAUAUAAGCACUGGGUCUACAGACAAGUUUAUUUCAUAACAGAGCUUGUUUUAAAGACACAAAAUCCCAGAUGGGUUUCGGUUGCAAAGCACUGUUGUGUUUGUUUCUCACAGUUGUGGUUGUGUUAUUGCAAGAAGCAAGUGCAAGGCAGCAGCAAUAUUAUUACAAUGUGAGUGGGUUAAGAAACCGAAAGCAAGUGAGUGGAUGUAAUUUAUUUCAAGGCCAAUGGGUGUUUGAUCCUUCUUAUCCUUACUAUGAUUCCUCGGGAUGUCCCUUCAUAGAUGCUGAAUUUGAUUGCCUUAAAUAUGGCAGACCAGACAAACAGUACCUUAAGUACUCUUGGAAACCUGACGGCUGUAACUUGCCAAGAUUUGAUGGGGCGAGUUUUCUGGCAAAAUGGAGGGGAAAGAAAAUAAUGUUUGUAGGUGACUCACUGAGUUUGAACAUGUGGGAAUCUAUGGCUUGUAUGAUUCAUGCUUCUGUGCCCAACUCCAAGACCACAUUUGUGAGGAAGUCCCCUUUGUCUUUUGUUAUCUUUGAGGAUUAUGGGGUAACACUCUAUUUAUAUCGAACACCAUAUUUAGUGGAUAUAGUUAAAGAAAAUGUUGGUGAUGUGCUUAAUCUAGGCUCCAUCAAAGGUGGCAAUGCAUGGAUAGGGAUGGACCUCUUGAUUUUCAACAGUUGGCAUUGGUGGACCCACAAAGGAAAAUCCCAAGCAUGGGAUUACAUUAGAGAUGGGUCUGCAUUAUACAAAGAUAUGAACCGUUUAGAGGCCUACAACAAAGGGCUUACAACAUGGGCUAAUUGGGUCGACACCAAUGUCGAUCCCACCAAGACCAAGGUCUUCUUCCAGGGAAUUUCCCCUACCCACUACGAGGGUAGGGAGUGGAACCAACCAAAAAGGAGUUGUUAUGGAGAACAAGAGCCACUAUCCGGUUCCACAUACCAAGCAGGGGCUCCACCAUCUGCUGCCAUUGUGAACAAAGUAUUGGGGUCGAUGAACAAACCGGUUUACUUGCUCGACAUUACGACGUUGUCACAGUUGAGAAAAGAUGCUCAUCCUUCGACUUAUAGUGGUGACCAUUCGGGUAAUGAUUGUAGCCAUUGGUGUCUUCCUGGUUUGCCUGAUACAUGGAACCAGCUUCUAUAUGCAGCUCUUGGUAUGUGAAAAGGUCCACAUUGGGCAACAUAGAAUUUACCUCUUUUUCUUCUUCAUAUGAACUAUACAAUAUUCAAAGGUGAUGAAAGUUAUCAUAUACUACUUGUAGGUGAUAAUUGGUGGGGGGGUAAAGAUCAAAUGUAAAAGUGAUUGAUUUUAAAUCAAAAUAAUCAAUGCUCUUAUAAAUUC